UAGUUACAAACACAAACUAACCCCGCCAUUUUCAAAGACACUGUUCUGACAGUUAUAAUUUUUUGUACAUUCCGGUAAAUGUAAAUUGUGGGAAAAAUUUUAGAAUACGUUUUAAAACUAUCUAAAAUAUGGCUGAAAAUCACCCUACUGAAGAAGAUCCCAACUUCGAGGAUCCCGACAAUGUUGUUACUCUGGGAGAAGUUCUCCAAUAUGAAAAUCAAAUGAUCGAAGAUACUGCUGCAGUGCUUGGGGCUAUGAAUGAUAAAAAUUGUUCUUAUAUUGAAGGCUACAGUAAGCGUCAGGCACUUUAUUCCUGUCUGACAUGUAUUCCUGAAGCAAAAACAGAUCCAUCAAAGAGAGCUGGUGUUUGUCUUGCCUGUAGUUACCAUUGUCACGAUGGACAUGAUUUAAUUGAAUUGUACACUAAGAGGAAUUUUCGUUGUGAUUGUGGAAACUCAAAGUUUGGUACAAUUCAAUGUAAUCUAUGUCCAGAUAAGGAGCCUGUUAAUGAAGAGAAUCUGUAUAACCAGAACUUCCAAGGGACUUAUUGUGUUUGUAGUAGGCCAUAUCCUGACCCUGAAGAUCCAGUUUCCGAUGAAAUGAUACAAUGUGUCAUAUGUGAAGAUUGGUACCAUUCUAGGCACUUGAAUGCUCCGGUACCUUCAACACCAUUUGUGGAAAUGAUUUGUUUCUCUUGUGUUGGAGAUCAUGAAUUCCUGUCCCAUUAUGCUGGUCUCUCUAUUACUGAGGUUCGAGAGGCUUCUGUGGAUGAAAUUAAAGAAAAUAUAGAGGUAACAUCUCAAAAGAAUGAUACUCCUGUUGCUCCUUCUGAGGGUGAAUUAGAGCAACCAGAGGCGGCUUCUAACACUAGAGAAUGCAAAAAACCAGAGAAAAAAUGUGAGGCUGGUACACUUUUCUGGAUAGAUACCUCUUGGAGAAACGCCCUUUGUACCUGUGACAAUUGCUUGGAAAUGUAUGGAGACGAGAAUGUUUUAUAUUUAUUAGAUGCAGAAGAUCCAUUACCAGUUUAUGAGGAAAAGGGCAAAGCUAAAGCUCAAGGGAUCAUUGAAGAUGAAGAUAAAAAGCUGCUGGGAUCGAUGGAUCGUGUUCAGCUCAUCGAGACAAUUGCCGGUUAUAACGAGCUGAAGGAAAGUAUGGCAGAAUUCUUCCGAGGUUUUGCUGAAAACAAAAGGGUUAUCAGAGAGGAAGAUGUUAAAGAAUUUUUCGAGGAAAUGCAAGCUAAAAAAAGGCAAAGAACUGAAAUACCACAUUUUUGCCGUUGAAUCUCAUACAAUAAAUAUUCCAGUAUUGAACUUGUUUUGUAGCUGCUGUUUAUACAAAAGUCAUUUCAAACGAAUAACCUGUAAAGAAAAUUAGAAUAUGUUUUGUAAUAAUUAAAAUUACAUAAAAUUGGUGUGAAGAA